AUGGCUGAAGACAGCUUCUUAAAUGAUGGUUUCAACAUCGCUUUCACGUUGUCAAUGCUCAUCAAUCUAUUCGGCAACAAUCUCGUCUGCUUUGUGGUGCUCAAAUUUCGAGACAUGCGCAUUCCAAUGAAUUACCUCUUGGUAAAUCUGGCAAUCAGUGAUAUAAUGGUUGGUUUGUUCAUGUCCCCGAGGUUCAUCUUCGGCCAGACGCUGAAUCAUCCCAGAGGAACUCUUGGUGACUACUUUUGCAAAAUUAUUACUGGGGAUUCCUUUACUUGGACCGGAGCCCUAGCUUCAGAUGUUACUCUGGUUUGUAUUGCGGUUGAGCGAUAUCUCUCAAUCCGCUUCCCUUAUAGCGACAAAAAGAGGCUGACGACUAAGAAGCUGAAAUACGUCAUACCACUUUGCUGGGUCUUUGCUCUUGGAGUUAACCUACCGGCUUUUAUUUACCUCAAAUAUGACGAGAACUCCGGAAGCUGCGUUCCAUUUUGGCCAACACCAAACUUCAUAAGAUACCAUAGCGUCAUUAACGCCCAAAUAUUCUUUGUCUUCCCUGCACUGAUCAUGGGGGUGCUCUACGCUCUUCUCAUUUAUCAACUUUGGCUUAAAAACAAAACUUCGACCACGUCUGUGUCUCAACAAGCAGUACUCAAACACCGACGUCACUCCACCAAGAUGGUGGUCACAGUGAGUUUAAUCUAUUGUAUCUGCUGGUUUCCAAACUGCUUUGCUUACAUUUAUGUGGCCUACUCAGCCAAGCAGUUGUUCGGUGCGAUUCACACGACAUCGGUCUUAAUGGUUUCUCUAAACUCCGCCGUCAAUCCGGUGGUUUACAGCUUGCAAAGCCAUCGAUUCCGUCGCCACAUGGCAGCGCUGUUUAAAAGAUACCGUUGCAACAAAGUUAAUGUUCGUGACAAUGGAGAAGAAUCAAACGGUGUGAAAACCUCCGUCAUGUAA